AAUGACUAGAAUGGGGAAUAAGAUGAAGGCAGAGGGAAAAAGAGCAUAAGAUGAAGGCAGAGGGAAAGACAUUAGGGAGGGGAUGAUCUAGAUUGUUCUACUUGCAAGACUAGUAAACUAGGCUACAUUAAGGCGCGUUUAUAUAAGUAUAUGAAGGCAAUUCAAGCACAAGAAGAAAAAUAAAACCAACAAGGCAGUUCCUAGACAACCCCUGAUAAUUGAAAAAAUGUCAAAAAAUACUUCUCAAUCUAUGCAGAAACUUGCUUCAAAAGUUUUGGUGAUAGAGUAAAGAACUGGAUGACAAUUAAUGAACCCCUUCAUACUGCUGUGAAUGGUUAUGGUCUCGGGAGAUUUGCUCCUGGAAGAAACGAAAAUUCAUCAACUGAGACUUAUAUAGCUGCACAUCACCAACUAUUGGCCCAUGCAGCUGCCUUCUCCAUUUACCAAUGCAAGUAUAAGGAAAAACAGGGGGGCCAAGUGGGUUUGGUGGUAGAUUGUGAAUGGGCAGAAGCUAAUUCCGAUAAAAUUGAAGAUAAAAUUGCUGCAGCAAGGCGCCUUGACUUUCAGCUUGGAUGGUACCUAAAUCCAAUAUAUUUUGGUGAAUAUCCAGAAGUUAUGCGUGAAAUUCUUGGAGAUCGACUUCCCAAAUUCACAGAAGAAGAAAAGAAGUUGCUUAAAAACUCACUUGACUUUAUUGGUCUGAAUCAUUAUACAUCAAGGUUUAUUGCUUAUGUUAAAGAGAGUCCUGAGGAAAGCGAUUUCUAUAAAGCGCAGCAGAUGGAGAGAAUUGUUGAAUGGGAAGGAGGUGAGCUGAUCGGUGAGAAGGGAGCAUCAGAAUGGCUUUAUGUAGUUCCUUGGGGCAUCAGGAAGGUUCUUAAAUACAUAGCACAAAAAUACAAUAAUCCCCCAGUUUAUGUUACUGAGAAUGGAAUGGAUGAUGAAGAUAAUGACACUCUCCCACUUCAUGAAAUGCUAAAUGACAAACUGAGAGUCAUCUACUAUAAGGGAUAUCUAGCAGCAGUUGCUCAGGCAAUAAAGGAUGGAGUAGAUUUGAGGGGAUACUUUGCGUGGUCGUUACUGGACAACUUCGAAUGGGCUGAAGGAUACACUAAACGAUUUGGUUUGGUGUACGUCGACUACAAGAAUGGACUCACCCGCCACCCAAAGUCCUCUGCCUAUUGGUUCUUGAGGUUCUUCAAGGUUGAUGAAUGUAAAAAUGGCAAGAGCGAGUAAUUAACUUCUCCCUAAAAUGCCAUCUUUCCAAAGAACAUUCUUCCCAUUGGUACUUUUAUUGCUGGGCGACUCUAAGAAACUCAUUCAGGGCAUCUGUACCUUAUCAUAAUAGUCUUGGUAGUUUGUUACUUGAUAUGUGUAAAUUAAGAAAGGGAUGUGGUUCUUCAUUUAUAUGAUGCAAAUAAUGUUGUACUUUUAAGGAAACAACAGUCACCAUACAUACAAAUAUGAUUUGCUUAUUUUGCCAACAACCAACAA